AUGACAGAACUACAUUUAGCUGUAUCGCAUGGAAGCUAUGAGGUUACCACCCAUCUCCUCGACGAGGGCGCUGAAAUCGAUAUCUUUGAAUCGGAAUACGGGACACCGCUCUACGUGGCAAGCAUAAGAGGCUAUGUCGAGAUUAUAAAGCUAUUAAUAGCGAGGGGUGCUAACGUCAAUGGCUAUGUUCCAGCGAAGGGAGUGGCCCUAUUCGGCGCCGUCUUUGAAGGGCAGCUCGAAGCAGUAGAGGCUCUUUUAGGGAACGGAGCCGACAUCGAGUAUGAGGACGAUUCCGGAACCACUGCUCUAUCCCUAGCCAUACAAAAAAGGAAUCUGGCAGCAAUACAGUAUCUAGUUCAGAUGGGUGCGAAUCCCAAUCAUACUUCGAAAGAAGGGAGACCUCUUUUACACGUCGCUAUUCAAGGAAAAGACCCAGCGAUAGUCCGGGCUCUCCUCGACUGUGGCGUUGAAGUUAAUGUCAAAGACUCAAAUGGGUUCACUGCGCUUACGCUGGGUAUUAUAAAAGGUAGUUUGGAAAUCAUAGAUUUACUCCACCAAAGAGGCGCGAGCUUAGACGAGCGUGGCGAAAGGCCAUUCCCUCCGCUUCUAGCCGCCAUUAUGAUGAAACAACAACACAUCAUAGAUUGGCUUUUGCAGAAAGGUGUAGACGCGCACUGUACCGGGAAGGACGGGACAACAGCGCUACACAUCGCAGCGAAAGUUGGAUCAUCUUCGGUUGUACGCAAUCUACUUGCGCACUUCGAGCUCGACCUCGACACUAAUGCGAAGUGUCCUGAAGUAAACGUGACGUGUAAUGAAGGAAAGACACCACUUCAUACUGCUGUAGAACAUGGCCAUCUUGAUAUCGUGAAGAUGUUAGCUGAAGCAGGUGCGGAUCUCAACGCCGAAGAUCAGCUAUCCAAAACGCCUUUGUAUCUCGCCGGAAAGCAGGAAAUUAAGAGCAUCCAAGAGUUCUUAAUAAAACAUGGAGCACGGCAAUCACCUCCGCAAUCUCAACUCUGUGAUGUAAUCGUUGUGCUUGAGAACGGGAUGGCUUAUCGGGGGACUUUGGAAUUUCAGGGAGACAGAGGGAAUUUAACGGAUGAGGAUAUCACUAAUCUUGCACGAGGUCUUGAAUUUCCAUAUAAAGUUAAAGAGGUUAGACUCAGUGAGUAA